UAUGUGUACAUAGGUGCUAUCGCUGAACCGUGGCAUGUUUCCUAGCUAGUGUGUACACAUAAACAUGUACAAGUAUUUAACGCUGGUGUUGGAACCAAAGCAUGACGCUUAUAUGAAUAUCAAUGCUUAAUUACAUGUAUGUUAGUUUGCUUGCAUAUAGAGAGCAUGAAUACCACUCCUGCUUUAUAGAAGCAGCCAACUGUGUCCUGUUUAUUGCUGAUGGGAAGUACGAGGUAUCGUAUGAAUCUAACAUCCUGUUGUCGUACGAUAGCUUGGUUUACUGGAUCCCUCCCGCCAUCUACAAGAGUUCCUGCACCAUUGACGUUCAGUUCUUUCCUUUUGACCAGCAGAUCUGUGAGAUGAAGUUCGGAUCCUGGACGUUUACAGACAAGCAGCUGAACUUUACCUUCUACAAUAAUAUGGACAGUUUAGAUUUCACCGACUAUCUGAAGAGCGGAGCGUGGGAUAUAAUUGCCGGACCAGGACGGAUCACGACUGAAAUCGACCCGGGAUCUAAUCAGAACAAAGCCAUGGUCAUAUUCGAGUUCCACCUUCGCAGGAAGACGCUGUUUUAUACGGUCAAUCUCAUAAUUCCAUGUAUAUUAAUAUCGUUCGUGAGUGUCUGUGUCUUUCUGCUUCCGGCUGACGCAUGUGAGAAAAUAACGCUUUGUAUAUCUAUUUUGCUGGCGCUGGUUGUGUUUUUGUUGCUUAUUUCCAAAAUUUUGCCGCCAUCCCUAAAGAUCCCGCUGAUCGCUCACUAUUUACUGUUUACCUUUAUAAUGAACAUCCUCGCCAUCUGUUUGACUGUAUUUGUCAUCAACAAAAAUUUCCGAACUCCAAGGACGCACCAAAUGCCCAACUGGAUUCGAAUCGUUUUCCUGAACUACCUGCCCCGCCUUCUUUUGAUGACCCGUCCCAAUCAUAUGGAGAGAUGGCAGAAACCGAAACAAGAGAUAUCCGAUCAGCAUAGCAGUUCGAGCAUAUAUCAAAAUAACGUCACCAGAUCGAACCACAUUUCCUCCAGUUCGCCAAACUUUCAAGAACUGACUGAAUCUCACCACCCAGGAUGCCGCAGACAGAAUAACAGAUGUGUCCCAGAAGGUUCUCCUUUACUAGGCUUCACACGUCAAAAUGCCAACCAUUCUCCUGGCCACGCCCCAAAGAACAAACUUUUUCAGAUGACUCCUGAUCUUAAGGAAGCAACAGACGCCUUAAAGUUUAUAACUGAACACCUGAAGGCCGAGGAUGAAUAUGACACAGUGCUGGACGACUGGAAGUUUGUGGCCAGUGUCUUGGACCGACUCCUACUGAUUGUGUUUCUGACUGUUACUAUAUUUGGAAGCAUGGGUAUACUAAUGCAGACCCCGUACAUCUUGGAAUACGUCGAUCAAGAUGAGAUCAUACAGAAACUGAUGAAGAAAUACAUGAAAUAAGGGACACGUGACUUGUUACGAAACAAACACUGCAAACAUAUAUUAAUCAAAUUGACCAAUGACCAGUUACCCAUACAUUAUCACAUGAUUUUUAGUCUUGGUCUGCUAAAAUGAUUUUUUCUUCUGUUUUUCAGAGAUUUGCGACAUAUCAUGUAUAUUUAUCUUUUCAUCGAAGUUCUGUGCAUUUUUGUGAAAACUUGAGAUUUUGAUAUGUUUAUUUCAAGCACUCGAUUGUAAUUUUCUAUGUUAUUUGUUUGCUCAAUGUUUUAUAGCAAUAAACGAUGAAUAUAGUACACAACUACACUAAUACAUUAGAGUAAUGUUAACACCAGGAAAAUAAUUGUCUACAUAUAUCGUAUAGUGCCUUGUACAUGUAUAGAAUGUAUGGUGGGGGAUAGGUAUACUGAAAGUUGCAUACUGCGCCACGGAGUCCAUUGCCUCACUUUUGUAGUUAUUUAUCUUUCAAUUGAUGGAAACAUAUCUAAAUUGGGCUAUUGCUGUCGAGGAUUUUCGUUAAACAAACAUCUUCAUUUGAUUUUUUUAUGAUUCUAAGAGCGUGCAACUUUCAGUAUAUUGUUAUUAGCUUGCUUGGAUAGCUAUAGUCGAUACACAUAUGCACUCCAAAAAUUGGCCUUCAGUAAAUCUAUCAAAUGAAAUCAAAGAGACUGCAAUAUUAUUAGAGAACAUUUUGGAUGUCAUUGAAUGAUUAAUUGUGAUUUCUUACGAUUACGAAAUUCUUUAAAAACAUCCCUAUACUAAAGAUAUCAACAGAUCUCUGUUUCAUUGGGAUACUUUGAGUGAUUUGGUUGGAAAGUGAUCGGAGGCCAAUUUUUGUUUAUUUGAAAUUUUGGUUGCGCUGUAGUUGCGUGAUGGUGCGCUGCAUGCCAAAACAACGCUUGUCUCCUGAUUGCUGAUUGGUUGAUUGGUACUAAUGACUGAUAAUGCUAUCCGGUGGAGAUCGGGCUCUGUUAGCGGCGGGAACACGAUACAGGGAUAACACAGCGCUCACUGAAACAACAGCCUUAUAAAAGGGGGAAUCAUUAUCAAAUAUCUGUUUCUUAUUGUUUAUUCAGCGUGUUUUCUGUUCAAACAAUGUAUUUGGCCACACGUGUGAAGAAAAAAAGGUCUAAGGAUUUGUGUUACUUCGAAACAACAGCUUGUACUUUACUUAAUUAACAACAAUUCAAUAAUCUAAAGGUGUCUGACCUUGUUUUAUAAGAUUAGGUUGUAAUAAAAAUCAAUCCUCCUUCGUAAUUGUUUAAUAUUUCACUUCUACAAAAACACCGAUAAUAUAAUGUUACAAUUCAUUUAAAUUGUCAAUGGAUGUUGCAUAAAAAUUAAAAUUGUGAAUAGUUCAAAUGAUCGAA